AUGUCUAUUAAUCAUAUUCCCCUAUUACUUGUUCAAAAGAUUGUCUCUCAUGUCGAGUCAAACAUCGACCGCCUUUGUCUGCUGCUGACUUGCAAUAAGUUCUUUGAGAAUCGCGACAAGCUGCUAUUGUUUAGGAUGAGAGCACCAUUAAAUGAUGAGCGAAGAGACCUCAAAGAACUAUGCUCCAGGGUGGAGAGUGGCGAGCGAUUCUCAAUGAACUCGUUCCGUCAGCAGAUGCUGGAUACUCUUCGCAUUGCCAAGGCAACAUAUGGCCGCGAAGAGUCCCUCUAUCUGGCUGAAGACUGCGAAGAUGAUGACGAGUACGAGUUUGACGAUGACAUCCAGGUCCUUGAACUGAGUCACGACAUUGCCUCAAAGAAUACACCAAGGAUAUCAUUCAACUUUAUGCAGAUCCCGCCCACUGUUCAUGUCUUGAUGCUCGAAUACUACGAGCAAGUGAUUCCGCCCAACACCAUCCCGUGCAGCAUCGUGGAUGUAACACUCGGCAAGCACUACCGCUUUCCACUUCAAGUUGGAACAAUCCCAGAGUCUGUCACCUCACUAUCGAGUGCUCUCAUAUCACUCCUGGAACUUUGCCACGAUCAUUGCUACAUCUUACAUUAG